AUGAAGAAAACUCUUGCAGAACAAGUAAUGGGAAUUUCAAUGGCCUCAACGACCUAUCCUUUUAAGAGCUCACCAAGGAGAUUAUUACCUGAACCAGCUAGCCAAGACCUUGUUCCAUCUUCUGCAAAUAAACGGGUGGUUCAGCUUGGGAAAAAACUAACAAAUUUCCCCUGGGAGUUCCAGAGCAUGUUUAAAAGGAGUAUUGAUGAUGUAAUUUAUCUGAAAUUUUUUUGUGGUGCUGCAGUGAGAUUGGGACCAAAGAUCACUGAAAUUGUGAAAGCAAAGUUGAGGUUAGGAGCAAGAAUUCUUCAAGUAGGAGGCAUGAACAAAGCGUUCAAGAAGGUAUUUAGUGUUGGAGAAGGAGAAAGAUUGUUGAAGACUUGCCAGUGUUUUUUAUCAACAACAGCUGGUCCUAUAGCUGGUCUCUUAUUUAUCUCCACUCACAAGGUUGCCUUCUGCAGUGAAAGAUCAAUCAAGUUCUCUUCUCCAAAUGGGGAAUUGAUUAGAGUCCAUUACAAGGUGGUGAUACCAGUAAAUAAGAUAAAGAUAGUCAACCAAAGUGAAAACAUGAAGAAGCCAUCACAAAAGUACAUAGAGAUAUUGACAGUAGAUAAUUUUGAUUUCUGGUUUAUGGGUUUCUUAAAUUAUCAGAAAGCUUUAAAACAACUCCAGCAGGCAAUUUCUCAAGCUCAAAUCAAGUGCUAGCGCAUGUUAUGCCCUCUGUUUCAUCGGAUGUAAUUGAUAAGGAAGGUUAACCUGACUGGUUAAUUGCAGAUAUUGUACAAAAUUUUGCUAGUAGUGAGAAUGCUUCUUUAUAAUCA